AUGUCGUCCAUGCUGGAUCUCCUCAUGACCUCCGAGCCAGGCACCGGCCCUGUGCUGGACAGCUCGCAGCGAUCCCGCCUCCCACUUCCCUCAGAGAGCAAUGCGCCCAUGAGCGAGGCACCCGAAUUCGCAGAUGACCAGCUUGUAGGACCAGGGAGCAGGUCGUCGCGGCGGCCCCGACAUCCCAUGUAUGGCAGAGGACCUCCCGUUGUCCGCGAUGUCGCCGGUGAAAAAGUACAGCAAGCCUUCGAAGAACUGCUGGAAACGCACAUUGAAGACCCCAUGUCGUCCGGCGUCCCUCCUACAUCAUCGGAGAUGCUCAGUGAUAAAUACUACAUCUCUCAGAUCCAUGGAAUGCAAAAACUACAGCUUUCUACCCUCUACGUCGACUUCACCCACCUUACCUCCUUACCGAAUCAAGUACUGGCCGAUGCCAUCGUGAACCAGUACUACAGAUUUCAGCCCUACCUCACCAAGGCACUACAUAAUUUAAUCGCGAAAUAUGAACCCCAGUAUUUCCGUGCACAUAAACAGCUUGGAAGCCAUUCGUCACAGGCUGGUACCUCCACGGUAGCACUCGACAGCACCGAACCCGACGACCUUGCCGGAAAGACCAGAUACCAACAGACGGAUAAGGUGUUUACGCUUGCAUUCUACAAUCUUCCGCUAGUCUCCAGGCUCAGACAGCUUCGAACGGCCCAGAUUGGAAUGCUUUCUUCGAUAUCAGGCACCGUGACGAGAACGUCUGAAGUGCGUCCAGAACUCGCGAUGGGAACAUUUAUUUGUGAAACUUGCAACAUUGUUUGUGCGGAUAUCGAGCAGAGCUUUAAAUUCACCGAGCCUACCCAGUGCACCAACCCAACUUGCGGUAAUCGCAUUGGAUGGCGCUUAGAUAUUAGAAAAAGUACCUUUGUGGAUUGGCAGAAAGUUAAGCUGCAGGAGUCGUCACAUGAGAUACCAACGGGAAGCAUGCCUAGAACUAUGGACGUUAUCUUACGUGGAGAGAUGGUUGACCGUGCAAAGGCUGGUGAAAGGUGUAUAUUCACCGGAACACUUGUUGUUAUUCCAGAUGUCAGCCAGAUUGGGACACCCGGUGUUCGACCUGAAGCAACCAGGGAUUACGGAAAUUUCAGAGGCGGAGAUGCCGGAGGAAACGGUGUUACUGGCUUGAAAUCACUCGGUGUGCGGGAUCUCACAUACCGCAUGGCAUUCCUGGCAUGUAUGAUAACGCCAGACUUGUCUACUCCCGGCCAAUCAUCAAACCAGAACUUACAGGGUCAAUCUCCAAAUAUUCUUGCCUCCUUGAAUCAGGCUGAGCUGCCCGAAGAAGUCGAAGAUAUGGCACAAAAGGCCUUACUUCAAACGCUUACCCCCUACGAGGUCCAGGAUCUAAAGGAGUUGGUGCAUUCUGAGUAUAUCUACGCUCGACUUAUCGACUCUAUAGCGCCUAUGAUUUAUGGUCAUCAGCAAAUUAAAAAAGGUUUGCUCCUGCAAUUGGUCGGAGGUGUCAGUAAACGAACGGUGGAGGAAUCGAUGCAACUUCGUGGUGAUAUUAAUAUUUGCAUUGUUGGCGAUCCGUCGACGAGCAAGAGUCAGUUUUUAAAGUACAUUUGUAAGCUGCAUCCACGAGCAGUAUAUACCAGUGGUAAAGCGUCGUCUGCAGCUGGUCUCACUGCUGCCGUUGUUAAGGACCCAGAAACUGGGGAGUUCACUAUUGAAGCUGGAGCGCUGAUGCUUGCGAACGGCGGUGGAAUCUGUGCAAUUGACGAAUUCGACAAGAUGGAUGUGAGCGACCAGGUUGCUAUCCACGAAGCUAUGGAACAGCAAACCAUAUCUAUUGCCAAAGCUGGAAUCCAUACAACCCUCAAUGCGCGAGCAAGUAUCCUGGCAGCUGCGAAUCCUAUAGGAGGGAGAUACAACCCCAAGACUACUCUCCGAGGAAACCUUAACUUCAGUGCUCCUAUUAUGAGUCGUUUUGAUCUUUUCUUCGUAAUUCGAGACGAUCCAAAUGAAGCGGUUGAUAGAAACCUGGCAAAUCACAUUGUGAAUGUCCACAUGAACCGGGAUGAAGCAGUGAAACCCGAUUUAUCCACAGAGCAGUUACAAAGAUAUAUUCGAUUUGCACGGACAUUCCGACCAGUCUUUACCGAAGAAGCUAGGGCUUUGGUCGUUGUUAAAUACAAGGAACUUCGUGCCGAUGAUUCACAGGGAGGUAUGGGCCGGAGCAGUUAUCGAAUUACCGUUCGACAACUGGAGAGUUUGAUUCGAUUAUCUGAAGCCGUGGCGAAGGCGAACUGUGUUGAAGAGGUCAUUCCCAGUUUCGUGAUGGAAGCCUAUGACUUGCUGAGACAGAGUAUCGUUACUGUUGAGAAGGAUGAUGUAGAGGUUGAUGAUGAGGAAGAUGCUGCUGCCGCCGCUGCAGGAAACAACCAAACGGCUGCUGAUGACCAGCACAUGAUGGACGAGGACGACGAUACACAGCAGCAAACAGACGCGCAACAGAGUACUGCCGAGAGUCGACCACAAAAGAUGAAGAUCACCUAUGAUAAAUACAUGCGUGUCCUGAAUGUUCUCGUUCGUCGUGUCAACGAUGACGAGACCCGGACCGGUGAGGGAGUUGAGGAGGAGGACCUUAUCCUUUAUUACCUCGAACAGGUCGAGUCUGAGUUAAAUAAUGAGGAAGAGCUAGAGCAAGAGCGAGACUUGGUGACGAAGAUACUGAAGAGAAUGGUCAAGGAUAAUAUCCUCAUGCAAAUCCGUGGAGAAGGGCUGAUGGAGACUGACGGUGGAGCGCAACCUGCAGCCGAGCCCAAAGUGGUAUAUGUGCUGCACCCCAACUGUGCAGUCGAGGAGAUGUAG